AUGCACCCCAAAAUUCUUGUAGUGAAAUUUUUGCUGCCUUUUCAGGUGUACUGCGAGUAUGGGAUGGUACAUGUCCUUUCAGAGAAGGGGAGCAGCAAAGGAAAAGACUACUGUAUCCUCUUCAACUCUCAGUGGGCCCAUUUGCCACACGAUCUGGGAAAAGCUUCACUCUUGCAACUGCAGGAUCAGACAGCAUCUGUUUUGUGUUCUCCUUCUGAUGUACCCGCUGGAGGAUUUAAUAAUCAAAUCCCCAUGGUGAUGCGAGGGAAUUGCACCUUCUAUGAGAAAGUGAGGCUUGCUCAGAUAAAUGGAGCUCGUGGGCUGCUCAUCGUUAGUAGAGAGAGACUGGUUCCUCCUGGGGGCAACAGGAGUCAAUAUGAAGAAAUUGAUAUUCCUGUGGCUCUGCUCAGCUAUACCGAUAUGUUAGAUAUUGGCAAGAGUUUCGGCAGCUCGGUGAAAGGGGCGAUGUAUGCACCAAAUGAGCCUGUGCUAGACUAUAACAUGGUGAUUAUAUUUGUCAUGGCUGUGGGGACUGUUGCAAUUGGAGGCUACUGGGCAGGAAGCAGAGACGUGAAAAAGCGGUACAUGAAGCACAAACGUGAUGAUGGGGCAGAGAAACAUGAUGAUGAAACAGUUGAUGUGACUCCAAUAAUGAUCUGUGUGUUUGUAGUGAUGUGCUGCUCAAUGCUGGUCCUCCUUUAUUUCUUCUAUGACCACUUAGUCUAUGUUAUCAUAGGAAUAUUCUGCCUGGCUGCCUCAAUUGGUCUUUACAGUUGUCUGUCUCCCUUUGUAAGAAGAUUCCCCUUGGGAAAGUGUAGAAUCCCAGACAACAACUUGCCUUAUUUUCACAAGCGUCCACAGGUCCGGAUGUUGCUAUUGGCGGUAUUUUGUAUCUCUGUCAGUGUAGUCUGGGGAAUCUUCAGAAACGAAGAUCAGUGGGCCUGGGUUCUGCAAGAUGCUUUAGGAAUCGCUUUCUGUCUUUACAUGUUGAAAACAAUUCGCCUGCCUACAUUUAAGGGUUGUACCUUGCUCCUCCUGGUUCUUUUUGUGUAUGAUGUAUUCUUUGUAUUUAUCACACCUUUUCUAACAAAGACUGGGGAGAGUAUAAUGGUGGAGGUGGCUGCAGGCCCGUCUGAUUCUGCCACUCAUGAAAAGCUCCCAAUGGUCCUGAAGGUUCCACGGCUGAACUCCUCGCCGUUGGCUCUGUGUGACCGGCCUUUUUCUCUCCUAGGAUUUGGAGACAUUUUAGUUCCAGGCUUACUGGUGGCCUAUUGCCAUAGAUUUGAUAUUCAGGUGCAGUCGUCCAGAGUUUAUUUUGUGGCCUGCACAAUAGCAUAUGGCAUAGGCCUUCUUGUGACCUUUGUUGCCUUGGCACUGAUGCAGAUGGGUCAGCCCGCUCUCCUCUACCUGGUGCCCUGUACUCUCCUCACAAGCUUUGCUGUGGCUCUUUGGAGAAAGGAGCUCGCAAUGUUCUGGACGGGCAGCGGCUUUGCGAAAGACCUACCUCAGCCUCCCUUGGUGAUAGCUCCUGUCAACUGCCCUGAGCUUUCCAAAGAUAGCAGUGUACCAGCCUCUCACCAAGCCACAGAGCAAACGACCAGUCCUACCCUCCACAUGAAGGAGCUGCAUGGCCCCACCUCAGCUGCAGAGGAGCUGGCUGAUACGGACACAAAGACGGACCAGUCAGAAAUUUCUAUUGCACAGAGCGAGGAACCAGCUGGUCAGAAUAAGGACGACCUUGAAAGCAAAUGCUUAAAUGCAGAGCAAAAACAGCUGGAAUAAACGAUGUGAUAAGAACUCCUUAUUUUCCCUCACAAACAUAUCCAUAUAAAACCAGUAUGUAUUUAGGACUGGUUUAGUAGUGUUUGCGUUCAUUGAGGAACCUCACUUGGGAGUCUGAUCAUCAAAUCCAACAACGAAUGUUCUGCCUCCGGCUUCGGUACAGCUAUACACUUCAAACAUCUUUCUGAAAUAUGGUGCUCUACAAGGGUUCUGAUGUAUGGAUUUCAAUGAUCAUUUUAUUAGUGAAUGCCUUUGACCGUUCCAUUUUCAUUAUACCAGGGUAGUAUUAAGAGUCUUUAUUUACACUUUAUUACCCUGUGCUUGUGUGGCUAUUUUGCUGCUUUAGCAUAGCGUAGGUUAACAUGGAGGAAAAGCAUUGAACAAGUCUGCUACAAUGCUUAGUUGAGAGAAACAUGAUAGUUUUUUUAGCACUUUCCCUGUUGUCACCUUUUACUUUACUUUUCCCUACUUGUCAAAGCCAUUGAUACAAGAGAAUGCUUUAGUAUAAACUGACAUUCAGGAAACGCAGAGAGUGGUUAAAUUACCAGCAUCUGAAAGGAUUUAUACUACCGUGGUGCAUUAAAUGCAUCUCUUAA